UUUAAAAGUUCUAUCGUAUCUUAAAGUUAUGCAACAAUAAACUGAAACACCCUGUAUACCCACGAUACAGAUUCUACCUUAUUUACACGUUCUUGUCAGUAUGAAAAAACAAAAAAAUUCCUGGCAUUUUGUUUUCCGUAUUUGUUUGGUACAACAUUUGCUACAAUAAAUUAUUAAUGCGUUUCCUAAUAUCACGACGAUGAACGCAAAAUACAGAUAUUUACAUAUAUUUCUCAAUUUAUUAUUGAAACUCAGGCUUAUAAGUUAAUUUCUGUAGGACUUUUAUUACAUUUUUUUGAUAAAUCAACUUAUUUCGUAACAGUGCAUAAUGUGGUUAAAAUUUGUCGGAUAAGUUGUGAAACACCCUGUAUAUUUGAAACAAGAUUCUCUCCCCGGGCAUCUCAGUUGAAAAGGCGUAAGAAAGAGGCAUACAUCCGACAGCGAAUGAAAGACUUACAGUUUAUAGUGUGUGGUGUUCAUCUACAUCGUGACAAGCAUUUUCAGCAUAUGGCGUUACGAUAAGAGCAAGAUGAGUACAUGUAUAGCUUGUGUACGGUACCAGUCAUGUUUCAAUUAAACUUGAUCAUGAAACCAUGAAGAGGAUGACGAGAUGUAGGUAACUAGGUUAUUUGAAAUAUGCGAGGGAGUAGAAUUAUGGGAUUCUUAUUUAACGUGUAUCAAGGAUAUUGGUCUUAAUAUUCUUCAUAUUUACAUAAAAUUACUUGCUAUUAG